AUGUCGACUCGCAUGGUUCGUCGUUUACUGGAGCAGCAGCAGCGCGAGGCGGAAAGCUUGAAGCUGAAGGCGGCUUCCCCCGCUGGUGAGGGGGAGCGCGCGGAGGCCGCGGAGGGAGGAGGGCAGAGAGGGGAGGCCGCGGAAGGGGGAGGUCAGAGAGCGGAGAAAGGGAGGAGAGAGGGAGGCGAGGAGGAGGAUGAGGAGGUGGAGGAUGAAGAGGAUGAGGAGGAGAGUGAUUCGAAGCUGAUAGAGGCUGCGCGGAAUGCGUUCGACCUUCUUGACAUGGAUGGCGAGGGAGAGACGGAGGUAGGCGAGGAGGAGGAGGAGGAAGAGGAGGAAAAAGGGAACAGUGCAGGUGGCGGUGAGAGCAGGGAUGCGAAGGGGCAGAAGGAGGAGGGUGAAGGAAAAAGGGAGGAUGCGGAGGAAGAGGAGGGGGAAGGGGAGGAGGAGGCGGAGGAGGAGGAGGAGCGUAGACGGAUGGAGAGGCAACGGAAGAGUGGAAAGAAGAAAAAGAAAGGGAAGGGGAAGAAGAAGGCGGGAACGGGAGGGGGAGGAGAGGAUGCUGGAGUGGGAGGGAAGAAGGAAAAGAUCUUGGAUCGAGGGGGUGGAGGGGGAGGGGACGACACUGAAUUAGAGCGCGCUUUAGCUUCAAUCGAGGGGCGAGGAGGAGGAGGGCAAGCGGCAGCAACAGCAGCAGGGAGUGCUGUGACGUCAUCAGCAGAAGCGGGUCCUGUGACGUCAGCAGCAGCAGCAGGAACAGCAGCCGGGGGUCCCGUAACGUCAGCGCGGCCGCUUCUAGCCGUGGAGACCCGGUUCCUGCGAGCAGACGACGAGCUGAAGCGCAUUUUCGGCUCCAAGGUCAUCCGCCAGGUGGAGAGGCAAGCAGGGGGCGGAGAAGGAGGAGCAGGAGGAGGAAUGGGAGGAGGUGGGGGUGGAGGGAUGAGGGGAGGUGUGCGGGGGAGGCGUGGAGGGGGAGGGGGAGGGGGAGGGGGAGGGAGUGUGGGGAGGCGGGCGUUGCUGGUGCAGGAGAGGGAGCACUGGCCGCCGGGAGCAGUGGCGGAGAAAGGGCUCACUAUGGAGUUUGUGCGCGAGAGCAAGGGCACUGGCGCUGCUGCCGCUGCCGCUGGUGCUGCUGCUGGUGAUGGUGCUGGGGGUGUGGAUGGAGCGUGUGCGUUCCCGGCGCUCCCCGUGCGUGUGUUUCGCUACGUGCGGUCGGCCACCUACCGGGCGGCGCAGCACCUGUUUGAGCAGACCGUGGCGUCACACGACCCCAACCAGCUGGGGCUCUUUGUGGCGCACCAUCCUUACCACGUGGAGGCCCUGCUUGGUGGUGCUGGGGGUGCUGCCGGGGGAGUGGGUGGGGCAAUUGCGGCGUUCCCGGCGCUCCCCGUGCGUGUGUUUCGCUACGUGCGGUCGGCCACCUACCGGGCGGCGCAGCACCUGUUUGAGCAGACCGUGGCCUCUCACGACCCCAACCAGCUGGGGCUGUUUGUUGCUCACCACCCCUACCACGUGGAGGGGUUAUUGGCACUCUCUGAAGUGUACAAACAG